AUGCAGGAUCUGAAGCCAGAUGUUGUCAAAGUAGUGCUUAGGCUGUUGGAGAGCGCGGGCAAGACCAAUGGCCUUGGACUCCAGAAUGAUGCUGUUUUACUGCAAGAGUACCUGGAAGGCGACGAGUUUGUGGUUGAUACGGUUAGCCGCAACGGAGAGCACAAGGUGACCGCCAUUUGGAAGUAUGACAAGCGUCGCGUGAACGACGCUGCAUCUGUGUACUUUGGACUGUCAUUGGUGCCUGCCGAGGGUGUUGUGAACGAGGUGAUUGACUACCAGCUCCAAGUUCUCGACGGCAAUGGCCCUGCACAUGGAGAAGUCAGGUUUUGCUGUGGCUCUCCAGUGCUAAUUGAUAUUGAUACCCGAUACCACGGAGGCAUUUUGGAUGGCGGAGCCUUCGCCAAGCUGGCUGAACGGCCUAGAAAGCUGCUUGCACACGGUUAUGUGGUCAUGAUAGUGUCGUACAAGAACGGCGUCAUGAAGAGCAUUCCAUGCAUCGCAAUAAUUGAAAAGGUGUCAGCUUAUCUCGAGAAGGCGAUUUAUGUUGCGCCGGGAGACAAUAUGCGUCAGACAGUGGAUAUGUUCACAACUCCAGGUAACAUUAUGCUUAAGCACAAAGAAGUGACGCGCUCGAGCAAAGUAUUGCUCGUAUUCGCGAAUUCGAGGUCGAGGGGCUUUCGCGAUGGAAUAUAG